CCAGCUAGGUUCAUCGGGUUUACUCUGACACCGCUGACUCUAAAGCCACGCCCCUUGGCAGCCACGCUCCCCGCCCCGAACCAAUCAGAGGCGGAUCACGUCGGGCUGUAGCUCCGCCUCUCCCGUGAUUGGCUGCGGCCCGCUACACCUUUAGCCGUGAUUGGCUGCGUGUUACCACCCGCCAGACUGCUCUGAAUUUUGUUUCUGUGUUGUUUUUUUUUUUUUUUUUUUUUCUUCCUCCUCGGCUGCUCUCAGCUGAAGCUCGGUUCUGUUGGCAGAAGCUCGGCGCUCUUCCUCCUCUGCUCUCCUCCGCCUCACUUUCAGCUGCUCUUCCGCCUCCAUGCUCGGCUUCGCGGCGGAGCGCCCCUGGCAGGUUGACCGCGUGAACAAGCAGGCGAUGGCGGCCACGGAGCAGAAGCCGUGCGUCGAGCACCACGACCUGGAGGCCGCCGAGGCGCUGGUCAGCAUGAGCUUCUGGUGUCAAAGGCCACAGAAGCCCCGCCCACUGACCCCCACCUCCGACUCCUGUGACUCCAUCCAGCUGCAACCGGAAGGAGGCGACGCCCCCAAAGACCUGAUCGCCCUGUCCUCACUGUGCAUGACUCCGCCUCACAGUCCAAGCUUUGCCGAAGCCUCGACCACGGCUGUCCUCACCACAACCUCCGCUCUAAGCCCCGCCUCCAGACAUGUCUUGCUCCGCCCCAGUCUUGCAUCCCCCCCGAUCUCCUCACAGACGUCAGCACUCCCACUUCACGCCAAAACCUCCUGCAUGGCUCCGCCCAGCAAAGCGAUGGCCACCAGCGUCAUCCGCCACACGGCCGACAGCCUCGGGGUCCCCGCGCCGCCGCCGCCUCCCACCGUGCUGACGGAAAGGUUUGCCUCGCCUCAACCAGACACACCUCCUGAGGACAAGGACACGCCCCCUUUUAUCCCCACCAGCCCGCCCUCUCCUCCUUCCUCAGUGUCUCCGCCUCACUCCGCCUCUCCGUCUUCCUCCGCCGUCACUUCCUCUCCGCUCCUCUGCCAGGUGUUUCCUGUCAGCAGCCAGACGGGGAUGAUCUCCGCCUUUGUCCAGGCUCCGGUUCAGGUCCAUACUCAGGGGGGCCCCAAGCCCAUCCUGCCCCAGACUCCCCCUCCGGGCUUCGCUCAGCCCCUUCUGGUGGGCUCCACGGUGCCGCAGGGCGCCGUCAUGUUCGUGGUGCCCCAGGCGUCCGUCUCUCAGCCACCGCAGGGCCCGCAGACUGUCAUGACCCUGGGCAACACCAAGCUCCUCCCCCUGGCCCCCGCUUCCGUUUACAUGCCAUCCGGCAGCACCGGCAGCGCAUCGCAGGCUGACUUCUCCCGCAGACGAAACUACGUGUGCACCUUCCCCGGCUGCAAGAAGACCUACUUUAAGAGUUCCCACCUGAAGGCUCACCUGCGCACCCACACAGGUGAAAAGCCGUUCAGCUGCCACUGGGAAGGCUGCGACAAAAAGUUUGCUCGCUCCGACGAGCUUUCACGCCACCGCCGGACGCACACUGGCGAGAAGAAGUUCGUCUGCACCGUGUGCGACCGCCGCUUCAUGCGCAGCGACCACCUGACCAAACACGCCCGGAGACAUAUGACGAGCAAGAGGGCGUCCUCGUGGCCCACAGAAAGCCGGGACCUCGGCAAAGGCGCCCCGCUCAAGAACCAGAACCAGAACAGAGGCCCCGCACUUCCUGUCGGCGUGCUGGUCUCCACCGCCAACUGAAAGACCUGUGGCGCUCACGGGGUCAGCUCAGGACUCGCAGGGUCGGGGCGCAUAUCAGACUCAAACUGUGACCACCAGCUACAACCAGAGCUUCUCCACUGUCUGCUGGUCCGGCCCACGUUUACAAGACCUCAGAACAGGGUCCGACACACCUGGGGAACUUUAAAUAAAAAAAAAGAACUUCCUGUAAAGAUGUCCGUCCGUCCUCUGAGAGAAGCUCAGAUCCAUAAAUCACAUCAAAGUACUACUUUGUACACAUGCACACAAACUCAAAGGUAUUUGUAUAAGAUCCAAGUGCUGCCAUAACCCGGACACAGAACCGGGUCCGCCAGCGGAGCGUCCCCCCCACCCCGACGCCGCUCCGCCCUGCUCAGGACAUUUUCUUACCACAACCACAAAACUCUCUGCAAAAAGGAAGGAGGAGGAGACCAAGACCACAGGCUGCUAUUCAUCCACACAGAAACCAACAAAACCUGACGUUGCACUGGAUUUUUUUACUCCAACUUUACAUGUUUUUAUACUCUCUCAUGUAUAAUCAUGUUUACUUCAUGUGUACAUGUCACAUUUAGCAACGUGUACGCACACUGUUUGUUUGCCAAAGCUUCUGUAUCGUGCUUUUUGUUAUUAGGCGACUUGUUUUUAUUUGACUGACUGUAAAUAUUGUACAAAUACUGAUAUCUAUAUGAAUGUUACGUGUAUUCCAGUCUCCAUCUAAUGACGAGUUAUUUUGUUUUUGUUUUUUUAUGUCAGUGGACAGUAUUCAUCACUGUGAUACUACCUACCUUUGUUUUACUCAUUAUUAUUAUUUAAUAAACAUUUGUUAAGGAAAAGUGUUUUUAUUAUCAUGAUUUGGCCCAUAUUGUAGCCAGUAAGAGAAUACCUCAUGUUUUUAAAUGUUAUUCUUAAAUGACAACUAAAAUCACAAACAAUCCCAUUUCCAUACAUUUGCUUGUGAACAAUAUAGCUUUUAUAAUAAAACUUUACCAAGAAUA